AUGAAGCGGUACAGCCUAAGCGUCCUGUAUAAAGGCGAGUCCAAGACGGUGCUGCUCAAGGCCGCAUACGAUGUGUCCUCCUUCAGCUUUUUUCAGAGAUCCAGCGUUCAGGAGUUCAUGACCUUCACAAGUCCACUGAUUGUGGAGUGCUCAGGAAAAGGCAGCCGAGCUUCUGUGAAGGAACAAGAACAUCUGUGCCAUGUCUACGUGAGAAAUGACAGUCUUGCGGGAGUGGUCAUUGCUGACAGUGAAUACCCAUCCCGGCUGGCCCUUAGCUUGCUAGAGAAGGUACUAGACGAGUUCUCCAAGCAGGUCGACAGGGUAGACUGGCCAACUGGAUCCCCUGAUACCAUCCAGCACACAGGCCUGGACAGUCACCUCAGUAGAUACCAGAACCCCCGAGAAGCUGACCCCAUGACUAAAUCUAAAGCCUUCUAUAAAACGGCCCGGAAACAAAACUCGUGCUGUGCAAUCAUGUGA